GUUAUAAACCUAUUUAUUAACAGGUAUCUAUCUCCUGUUUUCGUCUUAAUUUUCGAUCACCACCAUCAACAACAACACCAUUGCAUCAUCCUAAAGACGAAAACAAUACUGUCAGUGGGCUUAACAAUGAUACGAAAUUGUCCAUUCAUUAUCCCAUUUUUGCUGCUGACAUUAUCUAUACUCUUGUUAAAUGCUCAAUGUAUUCAAUCUGCUUUACAACAUGGUAAUACACUGAGUCUUACAAACAGAAAUAAAAAGUUGUUUAAAACAAUACAUUAUCUGAUUAGACAAUGUGUACCAUAUUGUUUUAAUUCAGGUAGACUUGAAAAACCUGAUAUGCCAUGGAAAAAGUGCUAUUGUAUAUGUCCUAUUGGUUAUUAUGGUGUUGCGUGUGAAUAUAACAAGAAUAAUGAGGAUAUCGAUCCUACUAACAACAAGAUAGCCUCCCGUAUGAUUGAUAUUCAAUCUAAUCUACUACCGAUUCCCCAAGAACGUGCAUUAUCUGUAGAAUCUUCUGAAAUGAACAAUGAUCAAAGUACCAUUGACAAACAAACGAUCUUUGUAAAAUAAAGUAUACUUAUUUUCAUCAUAACAAUGAAAAAUUAUUCUUAAAUAACGAAAUAUAUCAGAAGUAUUUGUUUUCAUGUGUUUAUUUUAAACUUUUGAAACAGUACAAAUUGUAAGUUGGAGUAAAGUCUUGAUUUUUUU